UCGAUACCGAUUGAUACCGAUCGAUACGCUCGAUUCCACGACGAACGAAACGAAAAAGGGAGGCAUUGUUUUCGCCAGUAAAAAUGGCAAAUUUGAGGCAAACUCCUUUGACGUGUAGUGGACAUACAAGACCAGUAGUGCAUUUAGCAUUUAGUGAUGUAAUUGAAUGCGGCUAUUUUCUCAUUUCAGCUUGCAAAGAUGGGAAACCAAUGCUACGACAAGGGGAUACGGGAGAUUGGAUUGGCACCUUUGAAGGUCACAAAGGGGCUGUGUGGGGAGUAGCCUUAAACCCUCAGGCAACCAGGGCUGCCACAGGAGCUGCAGAUUUCAAUGCAAAAGUCUGGGAUGCUGUGUCAGGGGAAGAAAUCCACUCCUUUCAGCACAAUCACAUUGUAAAGAGUGUAAAUUUUUCAUCUGAUAGCACCCUGUUUGCAACUGGUAGCAAUGAGAAACUUGUCCGCAUAUUUGAUCUCAAUAAGCCUGAAGCAAAUCCAACAGUUUUCUCAGGUCAUACUUCAGGGAUUCGACAUGUGAUAUUUUUUCGUGGUGACACACAUUUGGUAACUUGUGCAGAUGAUCGAACGUUAAGGGUGUGGGAUCGCACAUCUGGGCAGGAAGUGCAGAAGUUAGACUUUAGUGCUAUCCCAAGCAGCUUGGAGGUGUCUCGUGAUGGUUCAACACUCACAAUAACACAUGGCAAUGUUGUCAGCUUUUGGGAUGCACAAAGCUUGAAAAAAAUCCGAGAGUUCACGGUGCCAACUCAGGUGAAUUCAGCCUCUCUUCAUCCAGACAAAACAAUUUUUGUAUGUGGUGGUGAAGAUUUGAAGAUGUACAAAUUUGACUACACCACGGGAACAGAAAUAGAAUCAUUCAAGGGCCACUUUGGACCUGUGCACUGUGUACGUUUCUCACCCGAUGGCGAACUGUAUGCAUCAGGCUCCGAAGAUGGAACUCUCCGUCUGUGGCAGACAACAGUUGGCAAGACAUACGGCCUGUGGAAAUGUGUAGAUAGUAAUGCCAUAUCCACAGAGCCAGUUCCCACACCCAAAGAAGUGCCUGCCAGCUAAAACAAUAUAGUAUUCUGUUACCAGGGUUGAAAAGUGUUUGGAGAGGUUCUAUAAAAAAUAAAUGUAAAUGUUAUUCUUUCUAAGAGAUUGGUAUUUUAUUUAUUAUGAUAUUUUAUUGUCACAAAGGUCAGGCAUGUGUAGGUUAUAGUCUUAUAAUAUUAACUUACUACUGGAUGGUGAUAAUUCUCUUAAAUAUUAUGUUAAAGGAUGAGUGCUGAAUCUUCUGCGGUGUUCAAAGUACAGCAUGCUUCAUUGUUACUGAAGAGAUAUGUUCUUGAAAAUGUGCCUCUGUGGUAAGAUUACAUACCACCAGCCUGUUCUUUCAGUGGCACCACCCAUAUUAUAAGUGGAGGUGCAUUCCUACAGGGAAUUUUUUGGUGCACAGUUGUAAUGAAAACACAUUUUUCUGUCCAUCAGAAAGAACAGUGGGUACAAUUACUGCUUGCAGUUUAUCUUGAUAGUCUCUCCCCAGACAUCUUAACUAAGACUGGAAAGGUGUAAUCUGUGUGAGAACAUGCAGUUUCCAUGUGCAUUCUUUGUGCCUUUGCACUGCUAGCUGUUAACAAAUAGAUUUCGAACACAUUAACAAUAUCGAGUAGAUCUACAGCUUUAAAUAUGUUAUACUGCUCCAUGCUAAAUGUGUCCCACGUGACAUCAAAAGAUUGGGACUCUUACCAUGUCUUUAUUGUUGACUUAGAAACAGUAUAUAAUACAGUGCUUCAUUGCUUAUUUGUUAUCAAACCGAAAGCUAAAUACAGUGAAACCUCACUAAUUUGGAAUUUGCAAUGAUUCAAACUUUAUGCAAAUUAUGAUUUUUGAUGAUUACAUUGCAGUGAUCAGCAAGAUGUAGUAAAAGAACUGUACAAAAGAUGAGCACAAACCAAAGUAAGUUAAUUUUUUAAACACAGCCUCACUAAUACCAAGUGUACAGGCUACCUAAUAUGAUUUUGAGAUUUAUAUCAAAACUUACAUUUUUACAUUUUAUGAUAUGCAAUCUGAGUUUAAAAAUAAAGUUGUAUUGGCUAAAAAGACAUGUGAAGUCCAUUUUAUAACCUCCCUGAACAUAUUUGCAAUAUAAUUCAGACUUUCACUGAUUUGGACAAGGGUUAACUUCCAAUUUGUCUGAAUUAGUGACGUCUUACUGUAUAGAUUUCAUGCAGCCGCCAUUUUAUGUUUUACAUGAAAUAAACAAAUAAAUAAACAUACCUGAAAAGAAGUUGCAUAUUUCUCAAAGAUAUGUUACCGUAAAUAAUUUCAGGAUCCAAAUAAAAAGGUGUUAAAAGAGUCACUUCAGUUUCCACGGUUUGUGUUAUGUUCGUAUUAUUGAUUGUUGGACAUUAAGAACUAUGAAUUUGGGCUACCCAUAAGUGGCAUAAUGUACUUACCAAGAGUUCACCAGAAUCUGUCCAGCAGUUCUUAAAUUGACAGUGUUCAGGCUGGAUGGCCAGGGUUUAAUUUCCUUUGACAGGGGAA